UUUUAGGUGCUCUUCUUGUUUCAGUCUUUCCUGAUGGAUGGUGUAAACAUCGUGUUCGUUCCAUGAUAUUUGGUGGUAUUUUUAGCUGUAACGUUCUGGGAAACGCGGAAAGGUGUUGUAGGUGUUCGAUGAUUUGAUGAGGAGAGCGAACGAUGGCUUGUCGCAUCUGUUUGUUUUGUAUGGCUAAUUGCUAUAGUGGUUGUGGGAGAUCGCUCACACGCCACUUUUUCGUGUCAGCCCAAAUACCAUGGAGCAGCUCUUCUUCUUUUUGCGACGUUGAAAGUUGCACUUGUUUGGUAUCACAGUUUUGGUUCCCUGAGAAAUUGUGCUCGCCUGACCUUUUUUUAUCUCUUUAUCAGAUGCAGCCCAAGAAAAAGGAAAGAAUUCGUAGAUUUUUCUGCUUGUUUGCAGUCCUGAUCGCAUUGCUGCUACCAUCUGAUUAGUCUUGGGAUGUAUUCAGCUCCAAUGCGGCUCUCCUCUUCUCCUUCCUCACUUGAUACCUCCGUGCAUUCUUUCAGGUUCUUCCUGAUUUUGUUGUGAGCUCACACGCCUUCCAUGGAGGGUCAGACAUCGUGGCAAUUUCAUCCUACUUCCCACCACCAGUCUCGGGUUGCGGAGUUUGAGCCGAUCCGCGAGGACAGCGACAACCACGACCAAGACGCAUUGGUUUCUUUGGACGCCAUUCUGCCUGAUGACCUCCUGGAGAAGGUCCUCUCCUUCUUGCCCAUAGCGAGCAUCAUCCGGUCGAGCUCCGUCUGCAAACGAUGCGACGACGCCGUGUCGGGCUACGUCUACGACCCGAGCCUCCGGAAGUGGUACGGCUUCGACUUCCCCUGCAUCGAGAGGAGUAACUGGUCCGUCUCCGCCUCCGGCGGACUGGUCUGCUUGAUGGACGGCGACAACGGGAGCCGGAUCUUCGUCUGCAACCCCAUCACGCGAGACCGGAAGCGGCUGCGCGACGCCCCCGGCGGGAAGACCCCCGACUACACCGCGCUCGCCAUGUCGGUGGACAGGAGCGCGCACAGCUACACCGUCGCCCUGGCGAAGUGCAAGCAGGCGCCCCAGGAUUACUGUCAGUGGGGCUUGUCGAUCCACGUUUACGAGUCGGGGACUCGAUCAUGGGCCACUCUCUUCAGUGAAAUCUUGGUGGGUUGGAGGGGAGGAGACGAGUGCGUGAUCUGCGACGGAGUCCUGUACUACCUGAUCUACUCCACCGGCGUGCUCAGGAACGUCGAACCGCGCCAUUGCUUGGCCAUGUAUGACCUGUCGGCCAGGCCUUCCCGCACAUCCUUGAUGCAAAUGGCGAUCCCGGUGCCAUGUUCACUGACCUGCGGCAGACUGAUGAACCUCAAAGACAGGCUAGUCAUGGUCGGCGGGAUCGGGAAGCACGAUCGACCGGGCAUCAUCAAGGGGAUCGGAAUCUGGGAGCUUCACAACAGGGGAUGGCGAGAGGUGGCUCGGAUGCCGCAGAAGUUCUUCCAGGGGUUCGGCGAAUUCGACGACGUCUUCGCGAGCGGCGGCGCCGACGAUCUCAUUUACAUCCAGAGCUUCGGAUCACCGGCACUGCUGACCUUUGACGUGACUCAGAGGGUGUGGAGGUGGUCGGCGAAGAGCCCGGUGAGCAAGAGGUUUCCCCUGCAGCUCUUUACCGGCUUCUGCUUCGAGCCGAGGCUUGCGAUCGCUUCCUGAUAUCUUUCGAUGCCUCAUGGUUUGCUACUCAAAUAGAAUCCAUGUUAUAGUAAUCCUCUUUUGCAUCCGUCGCCAUCUGUGCAACAAAGGGUUGGUCGAUGCAUUGGCGAUAGAUGAUUCCCAUAUAUCUGAUUCACUAAUAUGAAAAAUAUCUGUAUUAUUUUCCAGAAUUUAUCCUAGAAAUCCGACCAUUUGAGCUAGCAGACUGGCUGUCAUCAGGUUUUCGUUGCUGCUGUGGAAAAUGACAAACUCGCACCAACAUCUACCCAGGGAAGAAGAGAGGUCAGCUAGCUGAUGGCUCAGCCUCAGGCCUGCCCAUUGUCUCCGCCUGCCACCCUCACACCACCACCGUACCAUCACCAGCCAUUAAAAGCAGAGACCCAUGGCUGUACACUUAGUUCUUAGUUGUGGUUGGAGCUGUCUCCUUGCAUCGGUAGGGUAGUAACACAGCAGUAGCUUUUGUUUGUUGAAGUUGCAUCCACUGUAUCUAUCUUCUUGGCCUACGGGUUUCUGAGCUUUGUCUCUUUGCUGUCCACUAGUGCUACCAGUUUCUGGAGGCUUUACAUACAAUCCAAAACACAAUUAUGUGAGCAGUUGAAGUUAGGACAAAGUGGGGGUCACUGUAUGCCACUCUUUAUUCUGAGGUGGUGAGAGGGAGAGUGUACUGUCACAGGAAUCAUCUUAGGGGAGAAUAGCAACAUUGAAGCUUCAUCCAAUCAACAACUGAAACAUAUCUGUUUUCUUCUCUA